AUUCCUUGAGUGUUGUAUUUACUAAUCACUUUUUCCCUGGCUAGUGGCAUUGUGGUCUAGGGUUAAGGCUAGGUCUAGAUUAUAUUAUCAACAUUGCCUAAUCAUAUAUUUUCAUAUGAAAUUAUCGAAUUCUAAAGGUGCAUGUAAAUUCAACGUCUUGUGCGCCAUUUUGCGGCGGUCCUGUGAGGGUCAAGUGUUAGUACACCGCUGUAAUCCACUUUGAGUUAGAUUCCUGGGCUGCCAUUGGAUUAGUCCUGAGAACACAACAAUGGCUCGUUUUAAUUCACCAUAAUCCCAGUGAAUAUUGAAAGCACUUUCAUAUGACUCUGUGGAGAAGAGGCUAAGGCCGAAAGAAGAACCUCUCAGGAACGUAAUAAUAUAGGAGAUAAAAUAUCUACAAAUGUCUUCUUCCCCUACAACCAGUUGCGAUUGGAUGAUCCUGCAGGUUGAACAGAAAAAUAUCAAUGUUCGCGUCACCACCAUGGACGCUGAGCUGGAGUUUGCCAUCCUGCCCAGCACCACUGGCAAACAACUGUUCGACCAGAUAGUGAAGACCAUCGGGCUGAGAGAGACCUGGUUCUUUGGCCUACAGUACCAGGACAGCAAAGGCUUCUCUACCUGGCUCAAACUCAACAAGAGGGUGACAGCUCAGGACGUACGCAGGGAGAACCCUCUGUUGAUAAAGUUCAGGGCCAAGUUCUACCCUGAAGACGUAGCUGAGGAACUGAUCCAAGAGGCCACGCAACGACUUUUCUUCCUGCAGGUGAAGGAGGGCAUCCUGAAUGAUGAUAUCUACUGUCCUCCUGAGACAGCUGUGCUGUUGGCCUCCUACUCUGUUCAGACCAAACAUGGAGACUACAAGAAGGACUACCACUUCCCUGGUUACCUCAGCAGGGACAAGCUGCUUCCCCAGAGGGUUCUGGAGCAGCACAAGCUGAACAAGGAGCAGUGGGAGAAUAGGAUAAAGGUGUGGCAUGAGGAGCACAAGGGAGUGCUGAGAGAGGAUGCCAUGGUGGAGUAUCUGAAGAUAGCUCAGGAUCUAGAGAUGUAUGGAGUCAACUACUUCAGCAUCAAGAACAAGAAGGGUUCAGAGCUGUGGCUGGGGGUAGACGCUCUGGGCCUCAACAUAUACCAGAACACUGACAAGAUGACCCCUAAGAUUGGCUUCCCAUGGAGUGAGAUCAGAAACAUUUCCUUCAACGACAAGAAGUUUGUUAUAAAGCCCAUGGACAAGAAAGCCCCGGAUUUUGUGUUCUACGCCCCUCGUCUACGGAUCAACAAGCGUAUCCUGGCGCUGUGCAUGGGGAACCAUGACCUGUACAUGAGGAGGAGGAAGCCAGACACCAUCGAGGUCCAACAGAUGAAAGCCCAGGCCCGCGAGGAGAAGACUAAGAGACAGAUGGAGAAAGCUCUGCUUGAGAGCGAGAAGAAGAAGAGAGAGAAUGCGGAGAAGGAGACAGAGAAGAUCGCCAGAGAAACCAUGGAGCUGAUGGGCAGACUGAAACAGAUUGAGGAAGAGACCAAGAAAGCUCAGAAAGAGCUGGAUGAGAAGACUCGCAGGGCCCUGGAGCUGGAGAAGGAGAGGACGUUUGCCCAGGAGGAGGCAGAGCGUCUGGAGAAGGAGCGCAGGGCAGCGGAAGAGACCAAGGCAGCCCUCCUACAGCAGUCAGAGAGCCAGAUGGAGAACCUGGUUACUGAUCUGACCUCUAAGAUCUCCCUUCUGGAGGACGUAAAGCAGAAGAAGGACGACGAUACAAAGAGAUGGCAGAAAAGGGACUCUGUGCAGGGGGACCACGAUGAGACUGACGAGAGCAGCGCCGAGGCCAGUGCCGAGCUGACAUCACCAGGCAUGGUCAGAGACCGCAGCGAGGAGGAACGCAUGACGGAGGCUCAGAAGAAUGAACGGCUACAGAAACACCUCAAGGCCCUUAGUAGUGAGUUGGCCGGCGCUCGAGACGACAGUAAGAAUACUCCCAACGACCUGAUCCACGCGGAGAACGUUAAGGCCGGCCGGGACAAGUACAGGACCCUCCGUCAGAUACGACAGGGCAACACCAAGCAGCGCAUCGACGAGUUUGAGUCCAUGUGA